AUCAGAAAACGGAAUAAGCAAUAGCGAUAAAAUUUCCGACGAGUUGGAAUUCUGUGUCUAUCGCUUAUCGCCAUCGCUAUUCCCUCGCAUUGUGCGAGGAACUUUACGCUGAUAAACACUGAUAAGCGCAACUGUGUGCAAAUUACACAGUACAUAUAUCUCCGAUAGAUAAUUUAUCAAUAUCUUUCUAAUAUCUCUCGCGAUAAACGACAAUGAAAUAAACUCAGAUGUUUAUGAGAUAAAAAUAAUCGCAAUACUUGCGACUUAAUCGCAAGAUUAUACAAUCUCGAGUUGUAUUCGCGCUAAAAUUUGUGCUAACUCACAAAAACUCAAAGACCUUACAUUUUAGAAAUACAAUAUAUUCUGUUUUUUUUUUCUGAAAGAUAACUUUUUCUUUUGUACGGAUGACUCUUGGAAAUCGAGUCUUUUCGAUCACUCGUCCGCGAGACCGGACGACUCUCUCGACGAGCGGCAAAUAACAAAGGACCCCAUAAGAACGCUGUAGAAGGGGCAGUGACAGACCCUCUCCCCAAACAUGACGCACAAUGCCGCCGCAAGAGCGACGAAAACGAAAUUGUAUUGCCGUUUAGAUAUGUAGUUGCGCGACACUGAUAACACCCGCUGAUUUUCAUCUUGCUUAUUUAAUACCGAUAUUAUUUUUUCGGCACCGACAAACACGCGCGUGUUCUCUCUACGAGAAAUAAUUAUACUCGUUUACCACACAUGUGUCAGACUGUUAAGAAUACAUUAUCCGCAAAGAUAAAACGUAGAAAAUAUUCAGUAAUUAAAAAUUCAUUUAAACUCGAAGAAAGUUUUCCAAAGUGUAUGUAAACGUAUAUAUAAAAUCCCGAUUUCUAUCGCAUUAACGUUCAUUAAUAUUUAUUAAAAAAAACACGGUUAAUUUGUUACUAGAAAUCUAACUGUCCAACACGGAAAUCCAACGAUCCGAUAGAUAAUGAAGCUAUUAAAAAGUCGUAAAGAAGCACACACGAGACAUUUAUCUGGCGACUAAUUCGAGAAAGCGUUGGGUUACAGUCAUCCUGGAAAUAAAAGCGCCGACACACAGUGUGUGAGAGAAAGAGAGAGAGAGAGAGGGUGCAACGGAGGGAUGUUAUUCGUACAUUUUUAGGAGGGAUGUACGGAACGGAACAGCCCGGCACGAACGUGUUGCGUCGACUACCGCAGGACACGAAAGUCGUCAGUUGUUCACGGAUUGUCGAUGAGUAGACUCGCUAGUCGUGCGUGUCAUAAAUUCGUUCCUCUGCUCACGGCACGUUUCGUCGCAGCUGAUCGGUAUUACAAUUGCGUAGCGCGCGUUGCGAACGGCGAGCGAGAGUUAAAAGAACUUUCGUCUAAGAGCGAAAUAUUAUGUGCGCGCGGAACAAACGGAAAUCGUUUCUUCCGAUCGACGUUCACGUGAGAAAUCGCAUCGACGUAGCGGUGUGUGUUUUAUCAUCGGACGGUGAUUUCCGCGACUCUCUGUGCGGCGCAAAAAUUGGCGGAUAUCGCGUGCGGCACGUGAGACGAUAAAUAAAUUCCACAGAGAUCCGGCGCGUGGGACGUUGUCUUGAAACAAGAGAGGAAGAACGUCGUCGCGCCGCGACCACGUGACGGGAAAGUACAAAACACCGGCGCGGCAAGCAACAAGUUUUCGCUCUUGACCAAUUAUGACCAUCGAAAAGGUGACAGCCGGAUCGAAUCCGGAAAUACUAAUCGUCUACGCGGAUGUUUACUCGCACGAAGAUGCGAGCAAAGGUGACAGCGUGAUGAUGUCGUCGAGCGAAUCGUCGCCCCCGCCCCAGGCGUCGAUAGUCACGACAGAUUUCGACGUGGUGGAUAAAGUGAGGUUGAGCAAGGACAUCACGACCCCCAUAAAAUCGUCGAAACCCAUCGUAAAUACUGCCGACACCGAGGCGAUCGAGGAGGCGGUGCCGAUCAUGCAGAAGACGCUACCCACACCGGAACCGAAGCCCGCGCUCGAGAAGAACGGCAUCGACAUAAACGCGAAAAAAUCGCCCGACGAGCCGGACAAAUGUUUGAUCGACUGCAUAUACCUUGCUCAGCAGUGCUGCGAGUGCACGAUAAUCUGAGAUCAUGUUGACAAGAAUUCCUAGUUAAAUACCCGCCCGGAGAGAAAGACCAGUGUUAUCUUGUAACUCCCCGUAGAGCGCAUUAUACAAAUUAUUUUUCAAGAACAUUCCCCGAAUAUUUGUUGCGUAUUGAUUACAAAAAUAUUUGACAAAUAUCCACGUUCAACUUCUGUGCCAUACGGGGGGGAGGGGAAAGGAUAGUUUCCGCAAUAAUCUCCGUUCUCGUUUUUCUCUCGGCGCGAAAUUUAGGAUUUGACAAUGCAAUGAGUACCGCUCGUUGUUUCGGGUACUUUGUGAUAUACAGAGAGAAGAUUUAUACCGCGGGAAGAAAAACAAUUUGCGGCGACGUAUGUGAAAAAUUUUGCAUACAAGGUGUACGAACAAGAGGAGUGCGCGUUGAAAUGUUUUGUAAUAUUUAUUGAUUACAAGUCUUCGAUGUUUGCGUCGCACGAAAUAUAAUAGACUGUUCUCACGAAAAAAACUGUGUGGAUCUGAGAAGACAAAGAAACAAUUGAAAUGUAUAUUUUUAUAUAACGUAAUUUUUGCGAAUAUAUCGUAUAAGUUUUUGCAAAGAGGCACUGCCAAAAACAAAAAAAAAGAAAAAAAAUACAUAUCGACAAAAAAUAUCGUCAAUUAUCUGUGCAAGUACUUCCUCUCUCGGAUUAUAGAGUAAACCGUUCGUUGCCAACUACACGUCUUCUUUUCGCAAUUUGACGAUAACGUUAAUCUCAGUAAUAUUUGAUAGUGUUAAUCGCGACAGUUGUUUCUCCGAACAUUUAUGGACGUAUAAUAGUAUCGUAUAAUUCUGUAAAUUUGCUAACUCACAGAUGCGUGUUUCUGGAAAACACUUACGAAAGUUUUCCGAAGACAAAAUAUAUCGCAAAUAAAUAUCCACACACUCUCCAUAUAUCGAUGUAAGGAUGCGUUUAUUGAGACAAAAAAAAAACGAAGAAUAAAUCUAAGAACAAA